GCUGUCCACAGAAGACGAUUUUGGUAAGUUCCUGGUCAAAAUAAAUGAUUCUUCUGUGCCAAGAUGGUGGCUUCAGCUGCGAAGCAUCGACCGCGAUGCUUCUUUGACAUCACUAUCAAUGGAUCUCUGGCUGGACGUGUGACCUUUGAACUCUACACGGAUAUCUGCCCCCUGACGUGUGAGAAUUUCCGAGCCCUCUGUACUGGUGAGAAGGGUAUCGGCAAGACAACAGAGAAACCCUUACACUAUAAGGGCACACCCAUCCACCGCGUUGUCAAAGACUUCAUCAUACAAGGAGGCGAUUUCAGUGCAGGAAAUGGAACAGGGGGAGAAUCCAUCUAUGGUGGUACAUUUGGCGAUGAAAAUUUUGACGUGAAGCAUGACAAGCCAUAUUUGCUAUCCAUGGCCAAUCGUGGCAAGGAUACUAAUGGGUCGCAGUUCUUCAUCACGACCAAGCAAGCUCCACAUCUCGAUGGGAUUCACACUGUAUUUGGCCAAGUGUUGCUGGGGUCAGAGGUCGUGCAGGAAAUCGAGAACCUGCGGGUUGACAAUAAGAGCCGGCCCACGACCGAUGUGCGUGUGACAAACUGCGGCGAGCUCGUCUUGAAAAUGAAAGCAAAAGAGCCCAAGCGGAAGAAGAAACCAGACAAAGACUCUUCCUCUGAGGAGAGCUCCUCGGAAUCAUCCUCGGAGAGCGAAGACGAGAAGCAAAAGAAGAAGAAGAAAAAACAAAAGGAGGCAAGGGAGUCAAGGAGAGACAAGAAAGAAGAAAGUGUGAAGGAAGAGCCCAAACCCACAGUUUACCAGAGUGAGCUGUCGGCUAACGUGACCAUCAACCCAGAACAGAUCCCAGAUGUUCCCACCAAUAAGUUCCUGUUACGCAGAAGCCCUGUGACUGACCUGCCAAAUCAGCGAAUGCGGAGGAUGAACCCAAGUCGAACUCGGUCUGGACGUAAGGUGAAGGGAAGGGGUACAAUGCUUUACCGUACUCCAUCCCGUUCCCGUUCGAGGAGUGUCACUCCCCCUCACUGGCGCGUGGAGGAGCAGCGGCAAGCAGGCAACCUGGUGUCUGACCAGUGGCCGGCUAGAGGGCCGCGGAGGGCCAGCCUGGGAUCCCAAGAUGACCGAUGGGAGCGGGGCAUGGCCCUGCAAUCUGCAAGGCCAGACAACAGGCGUGAUGAACCCCCACAGGGCAGGGCAGUGAUACGGGAAAUGUUGAUUGAUGAUCGCGCCCAUCCUCGCUUCAGGAACAACGGCAUCGGGGGGCGUCAGCGAGAUAGACCCUUGUCUGGCAGGCUCGGGGAUCGACGGGCGCCCGUGAGAGACGAGAGGGGGCAGAGAGGGAGGGUCCACGUGGAGGCAGCCCAGAGGUCUGACAGAGGAAAGGAGAAGGGAAGAGGAAAGGAAAAGGAGAAAGAAAAGGAAAAGAAGCACAAGAAAGAUAAAGACAAAUCCCACAAGAAGCAUAAGAAACACAAGAAGCACUCGGACAAGGAAAAGCACAAAGACCACGAGGAGGGGGCUACCAAAGACAAGAGAGCGUCCUCUCCCAAGCCGCGAUCGCGGUCCCCGAAAGCCAAGAAGGACCGGGCCCGUUCACCCAGGAGGGAGAGGGGCAGCGGUGGGGCUGGCAGACACCGGUCUAGCCCCUCCCCUAGGGAUGCUAGACGAAACGCUGCAGGCCAGCGCAUGGAAGUCAAGACAAACGACAGAGCCCGUAAAUCCAAGUCCCUGAGCCCACCGCCAAGCCGUUGGAAGCCAGGCCAGAAACCCUGGAAGCUCUCGGAUGCAAACAAGGAAUCUGGUGUGAGAAACAAACGUCAAGAAGUGCCACCCGCUGGUCGACCUGUCCUGACUGCAAAAAGCCCAUCAUCCUCACCACCAUCCAUCGACGAACGCUCCCCAUCACCAGUCCAAUUGAGAAGGCAUGGACCUAAUCGAAGCCCCUCCCCUCGACACCUGAGUCCUCAGCAUGAACUGAGCAGCCCCUCCAGGUCCCCCCUGCCCGUGUCCAGGCAGAAGGCCUGGCCGACCAGCCCCUCUGAGCGGGUCAAGUUGGCCGCUUUACCUCCUUCCUCCCCACGUCGCUCCCGCUCAAGAUCAAGCUCGUCCAGCAACACCGACGACAACGAUGAAUCUCCAUCAGCGCAUGAUGAUCAGGUCAGCGGGGCACACAAAACAGGCGACCCCUACUCAACCAAGAACCGCAAGAAGUACCAGAAGGCUACGGAGCAGCGCAAGCGGAGCCCAACGCUGAAGGAGCGAUUCCAGUGGCAGCCGCCCUCCGAGGACGAGGCAGAGCUUGGUGGAGCUGGCAUGGGCGGGGCAGAUGGGGGACAUACUGGGCGGAGUCCUCGGGCGUCGGCCCAGACUGAGAGAUCUGGACAAAGUCAAGUGGACACUCGCCAGGAACAUGAAGACAAGCACUCAAGCAGUUCUGAAAAUGAGGAGAUUGAAGAUUUGGAGCAGAAGCGCACCGACCUGGAGCAGCGCCUUGCAGCCUUGACCUCCCAGAAUCGCAAGAUCCAGGAAAUGAUGGGUGGAGGAGCUGAGGAAUCCGACGGAGAAGAUAACAAAGCGCCCUCUGUUGACAAGGCAGAGGUGGUUCAGUCCCCAGAGCCGCCAGUGCCUGCCAAAUUCAAGAAGGUUGACAGUGAUGAUGCCGCCUCUCCGCCGAGGAAGGCGCCAGAAACCAGAGCCCCAAGAGAGGCAAGCCCCAAACCAACACGCUCCGAGGACAAACCUUCUUCCAAAGCCCAGCACAAGCGAGGCCACUCCAGGAGCCGCAGCCGUAGCCGUAGUCGGAGCCCUGCCAAGAGACGCCCGCGGGGUAGGAGCCGUUCCCGUUCCCGUAGCCCGGGCAGGGAUCAUCGCAGCCCACCGAGAAGCAAAGAGAGAAAGAGAUCGCUCUCACCGCCUAGAAGGUCAGCUAGGUCACGCUCAAAGUCGCGUUCCAGGUCACCUAGGAGGCGCUCCAGGUCUCCUGUCCGAGCAGCUAAGAGGUCCCCUCCAAGAUCGGCAAGGAAGCGGUCACGAUCCUCUUCAUCCAGCAGCAGAUCCCCAACACCUAGGAGAAGGUCUCGAUCUCCUAGACAAUUACCUGCCAAGAGGUCAAACCGCAGGUCACCUGUCAGGAAGUCUCGCAGAUCAAGCUCUGCCUCCUCACGCAGUCCAUCGCCAGGCCCCCGUGGCCGGAAGCGUCCAGCCAUCCCUCCACGGAGGAGCAGGAGUCGCUCUCGAAGCAGAGGCAGAACUGCCCGUGAUCGCAGCAGACGCAGCCCAAGCAGGGAGAGGCGCAGACCAUCACCACGGCGACCGUCACCCAGGCGCCUGUCACCACGGCGACGUCGGAGGACUCGCUCCCCGUCCCCAAGACGCAGGAGAUCUCGAUCCAUCAGCCGAACCAGAAGAAGGAGCCGAAGUCCGCUGCGUCGCCGUCGGUCGCGUUCCCGGUCACGCACCAAGUCGCGGUCGCGAUCCCGCGGCCGUCGGCCGAGAUCACCACCUCGCCGUGAUAGGAACCGGCGAGCCCGCCGGUCCCAUUCUAGGUCAUCAUCUAGGUCCCGCUCUAGGAGCCGGUCUAGGAACCGGUCUAGGAGCCGAAGGAGAAGCGCCAGCAGAUCCUACAGUCGCAGUAGCCGAAGCUAUUCCAGUUCCAGCGUGUGAUCACGAAGCGUUUGUCCAGCAUUUUAUCGAUACAUACAACAGUAGUUGUAUAGCGGGCGAAUUUUAGUGUUUGCCCAUCUUUAUAUUAUUUCCUUAAAAUGUUUUCAGAGAACCUGAGCAAGUCAUUAAUGAAAAUCUCAAAUUUUUGAGUUCAUUAUAUGCUUUGUACUUCAUUACUAAAAUCAUCCAUGAAAUUGCUUCGUCUGGUGUUUGAUGAUUUUGUAGAAGUGUUAAAUUUCAUAAGAAAAAUGGUAAACAUUGUGUAGAGUAGAUGUUAUGGCCUUGUGCUGUUUGUGGUAGUAGUUCAUUUUUUUCUGUGUAAAUGCUGUUCAACGUGAGAAGAUACGCAAGAAAAAUCUUGCGAAUUUUUUUAAUCGAACUUUUUCCUACUUUUCAAACUGAUCAUGUAAAUUUGUGUGUAACAUUUCUUCUUCUUUUUUUAUCUUUUGUCUUUUUACAAGCGUAUGAAACCAUGUCAUAAUACAUGUGGUAGUAGCAAUUAUUGCAAUUUUAAAUGUUUCUUAUGAUCUCAUUCAUCUGCUUUGGUCAUACUAACCCCUUAAGAAUGAUUAAUUUGAUUUGAUUUUGUAACAUUUUUGGGAAACGUCCUCUUGGUGAUUCAUUUCCUCCAUUUGUAUAUAUUUUUAAUGGAUUUUCAUCGUAUAAGUAAAAUGUCUUGUUGAGUCACUUGGAAUGCCUCAGUUUCCAAUGGUUUUUCUUAUUUCGCAUAUCCUGCAAUCAACGUUUGAUUUUGUGAUAUAAAUGAAGUUGUAUUUUUGUUUUUUCAUUAUUAACCCUCCUAUGGAAACAUGCAUUGUCAGCCUGGUUAUUCCUAGGGUCAAUAUUGGUCAAGACCCCCAUUGGUUUGUACACAGUAUGCCAGGAGGUGAGAUACAAACAUUUUGACCAUUGGUGACCUCUUUAAAUCGUAGGAGGUAGUAGGUUUUUUUUUAUUUUGUAUCAUUUUGGACACCCUGGUUUUGGUGUUUUUUUGGCUUGUGAAAUAUAAACCAAUCUUAGUAACCUGCUGAGCAUCAAAUCGCUAAGUAAUUUUUAAUAAGAAAUUUUGAGAUGCUUUGUCUGGAAGAGCAGUUGUAUAGUUCUUAACUGAUUUUAGAAUGUUUGGUGAUUUCGUCUUUAAUAGCACAACGCAGUGCAGGUUUAUGGACCCUUUUAUGUCAUGCCUCUGCUAAACAUUGAAUUCUAUGCUUACACUCGCCAUUCUGUGCUCAUAAACACUGCAAAAAAAGAAAGUCCACGCUCAUUGGAGGGGUCAUAAUUUUCAAUCUGAUCGUCUUAUGAUGACGUCAUUUAUAGAUACCUUUGGGGAGUUUUGUUAGCUAUAUUUGGUUACCCUGUUUGCCACCGAAAACUGUAAAUCGUCCAAGAUUGACAACGGUUUAUGAAAAUUGAUGCAGUUGGAAAAGUUGCAAAUUUAAAAGAUUACGCGAGUUGAAAUUGCUAAGCGUUACCAAACACACAUGCACAUAACUGCCCAAACAAACCGCUGGUUAUUCGAAUAGCCCGGUUGCUCCCAUACAUACAAGCACUGUGCGAUCGAUAUUCCCUGACGUUUGUUUCGGGCAGUGUUACAUGGUCACGCUGCAAUUUCCGCUUUUCACGAUCAGUUUCAAAAUUAUGACCCCACCAAUGCGUGUGGCCUUUUUUUGUGUGUGUGUAGUGUUUAGAUCAUUUGCACUACACCUAUCUUUUGAGGCGUGUGCUUUUGUUCAACAGGGAUAGGCAUGAGUAGAUCUCUUGCAUUCAUCGUUAAUGGGUUAACAUAACAAAACACACCUCAAACAUGGCUGCCGAAAUGCAAUCAAUCUAUAGCGCAAGCACAGAAAGUUUUGGCAAACCCUGUACAUGUAAGCUCUGCUUUAGUUAAUAUUAAAUGCUUAUGGUAAGCGGAAAAGUGGAAUCUGUCAAUUCAUUCUUAGUAUUUGCGAGUUAAUUGUAAAAUAAGUGUAUGUGUAUAACUGGUUGCAUUGAGACAUUGUUGGUGUUACAAACGCUAUACAAACAGACUGAGAAACACAAAUGUGGCUGUGUGUUGGAUAAUACCCAGCAUUUUUACUUUGAAGGAACAUUGAUGUAUUUGUCAACCAUUAUAUUUGUGGGACUAAUCGGCAAAUGAUCUGUGAAUAAAUUACAUGUU